UUAUCAACUUUAGUUGCAAAAUAAACUUACAACACAACAUAUACAGACAAAACCAUAUACAGCGUAGAUUUUCGCAUAGUCCCUAGCCAGAAUCUUGUUUUCACGGUCACCGGCCGUUAAAACUUUCAUUUAUAGAUUUUCCCUUUAUUUUUUCAGCUCGGAGGUCAUAUAAUUAACUUCCGAUCUGAAGUAGUAGUAGUUAUAGCCUUUUUUUCUUCUGAGAACGAAGGAUUUUGUGAUGGGAUUUUGUAUCUGUCCUUUGGAAACUCCAGCUAGAUUACUGUGGAGUACUAGUUUCUUCCGCCACAAGCUCAUGCUCUUUUAGUCAACUGAUCUCUUUUUUUUCAUACAAAUCCCUGCUAAAAAAGAACUCUGUUGUGGGGUUUUUCCUUUUCUCUUUCGCCGGAAAUAUAUACAGAUAUAUAUAAUCUUCUUCUCUGUGUGAAUAUAAUUUCUAAGGCGAUCUUCCAGAUCAUUGAAAGUAUGGGAUCUGGACAUAUAUUUUUCGACCCGUCGUGUCACGGCAACAUGUUGUUCCUUGGGAAUGGUGAUCCUGUUUUCCAAGGACAAAGAUCGAUGAUGAAGAUGGAGGACUCCUCGAAGAGGCGACCCUUCUUUAGCUCGGGGGAGGAACUAUAUGACGAGGAAUAUUACGACGAGCAGUCGCCUGAGAAGAAGCGCCGUCUCACUCCUGAGCAGGUGCACUUGUUGGAGAAGAGCUUUGAGACGGAGAACAAGCUGGAGCCGGAGCGCAAGACUCAACUGGCCAAGAAGCUUGGGCUGCAGCCCAGGCAGGUGGCUGUGUGGUUCCAAAACCGCCGUGCCAGGUGGAAGACCAAGCAGCUCGAGAGGGAUUAUGAUCAGCUCAAAUCCUCUUAUGACUCUCUUCUCUCUGAUUUCGACUCCAUUCGCAAUGACAAUGAGAAGCUCAAAGCUGAGGUAGGUGCAUUGAUGGAGAAGUUGCUGGGGAAAGUGGUUGGAGGAGCAGGGGUAAGUGAAAAAUCUGAGGUUGUGGAGGUAGAUGCUAUGACAACCCUUCAAGUGAAGGUGAAGGCUGAGGAUAGGCUGAGCAGUGGCAGUGGUGGGAGCGCGGUGGUAGAUGAGCAUAGUCCACAGCUGGUAGACAGUGGGGACUCAUAUUUUCAUGCUGAUCAUGAGGAGUAUCCUCCAGGGCCUGGAGGAUGCAAUAUACCUCCACCUGUCGAUGGUUUACAAUCCGAGGAGGAUGAUGGUAGUGAUGAUGGCAGCUGCCAUGGCUACUUCUCUAACGUCUUUGUGGCGGCAGAGGAGCAGCAUCAGGAUGAAGGAGAAGAGCCACUUGGAUGGUUCUGGUCUUGAAUUUUAGAAUAUUUUGUCUAGCAGUUUUUCUUAUCUACGCGCGCUUUGUAUGAUGAAUAAGUGUUGUAAUUCGCAUGUAUAAUUCAAACAUCUAAUAUUAAUAUGCUUUUGCAUCUUUUUUUCUAUGAAUUAAUUCUGCUUCUUCAUA